AUGUCACAGUUAGAUGCCAGCUUUGCUGGUUCUGGCAGGCCAGAUAACGACACCAAAGUUUUUGAUCAAAGCAACGAUAUGAAUCUUCUUGAUGACGGAAACAACAACAUCUUGGGUGAUGUUUAUGGAAAUGGUCUUGAUACUAUGAAUGCGGCCCAAUCAGGCUUCAAUUUUGACGAGACUGACGAUUUCCUCAAGUCUAUAUCGGGAGUAUUGGGCAACAAACCAGAUUUGGCAAACGUCAAUCUCAAUAAUGUCAACUACAAUAAUUCAAUCUUGUCUCCAUCGUCAAUUAAUGGAGAAGAAGCAGGGUUUCCCGAAUAUUUAGGAGCAUACCCCGACCAACCUCAAGCCACGUUUCAAGAUGGUCUGUUUGAACAACCAUUGUAUGGUACUAGGAUAAGAUCACACUCAUCAUCGAUUGCCACCUACAAUGGCGAGACUAUAUCGCCUUUAUCCAAUCACACCAAUGAAACAUCGGACUAUACUUCACCAGAGUCAAUCCAAAAUCAUGCAGCUGAGAAGCCUACUCGUAAGCAAACCAAGAGAAGUUCUACAUCUAAAGUGGCAAAGCCAAAGAAUACCAAAGAUAAGAGCUCACACAAUAUGAUUGAAAAGAAGUACAGAACCAACAUCAACUCAAAGAUUUUGCUUUUGAGAGACGCCGUGCCUGCUUUGAGAAUUGCUGCUGGUGCUGCUGAUAUUUCCUUGGCUGAUUUAGAAGGUAUUACACCAGCAUCAAAGUUGAACAAGGCUAGUGUUUUAACUAAAGCUACCGAAUAUAUCAAACACUUGGAGCAAAAGAAUGCUAUUUUGAAGGAUCAAAAUGAUUAUUUGCAAAAGGUUCUUCAAGAAGCUAACUUGAGUCCUCAGAUUCAAAUGCCAUUAGCUCAACGUCAAAUGCUGAGCUCACCUUAUGAUGGUAGUCAACAAAUGUAUGGAAAUAUGAGACCAAAUAGCCUGCAGAGUUAUGAUGAGCCAGCGUACAUGCAAAAUCAACAAGUGCAACCAUCACCACCACAACAACAGCCAACAGCAGCAGGAGCUCCACCACCACAUCCACCAUCACAAUCGCAGCAAGAGAUUUCGAAUAAGCCCAAUAGGUACUUGUUGGGAGGCAUGGCAACCGUUAUGGCUACUUCGUUGUUUGGUGGUUCAGGUGAGAACGACUUUAGGAGUUUAAGUGCGUUGCCAUUUUCUUCGUACUUGUUCCCAAGCGCAUUCUUGAAUCCAUCGCCAGUUAUGAUUCAGUUAUGGACAUUGACGAAAUUGUUGUUGGUUUUAGGAAGUUUAUUUUCAGUGUUUUAUCCAAUGGUGCAAAGCUUUGUCAACAAGCCUAAUGGUAAAGAGGUGAGAGUUACCAGUGAGUCCAGCACUUUACUCGAUUGUCUUUUUGUUUCGUUAUACAUGAAGGUGCCUAAAAAGUUAUCUGAGCAACGUCGUACAAGGGUCAUUGCCAACUUGAGAGGAGGCAACAACUGGAAUCAAUUGAUUUGGGAUUAUGUUGAGUUGUCUUCAUGUGAAUCCAAUUUUGAAAAUACAUUUUUGAUGUUGUUGAUUGGCACCUUGUUGAAGAACAAGUUUGAAAGGUUGUCACCGGUAUUGAAUCAUUUUUUGAGUAUGAAGGGUGGAUUGAUUAUGAACCUUGAUUACCGUGGCAGCAGCAAGGCAUUGAUCAGAUUAAGUCAGUUGAUUGGUAAAAUUGAUGGACCUUCCAUGUUUACUAGCGAAACUUUAAUGAAGAGAUUGAGUAAUGUGGUAACAGGUAAGUAUAUUAAUUCUGGUGUUGAAGAUGGACAAGAUGCCAAAUACAUUGAAGCGUAUCGACACACCGUCGGUGAUUAUUACAAUUUGGUUGUCCAAUGGAGAAUCAUUGAUAUUAUCCAUGCAUUGAAUUUGUCUUACUUGGAAAACUUGAACGAGGAUACGACCCAAGUGCUAACCGAUUUGAAGAUUGUUGAGUCGAUUAUUGAUAAGAAAUCACCAAUAUGGCCGCAAUUUCAAUUACUCGUUACUAUUGUUGAUCCAAACCAAUCUUUGACGUUUGUGCAACUGUUGAAAGAUAAAGUUGAAUAUCAAGUGAACAAGUUUAAGUCUGACUGUAAGGAGUUGGAAGAGGACUCGGAUGGAGAAGAAGAAGAGGAAUUGUCAUCGGAACUUGAUUUUGAAUCAAUUGUUAAAAGUUUGAGUUUAGUUUCACAGGAAGAGGUGAUUGUACUAUUGUCUUCCUUAGUAACCUACUAUCACAACCUUGAUGAUAGUGACAAGGAAGCAGAAAUUUUGAGACAUUUGAGAAUACCCAACAGAAAAUUUAGUUUAUUGACAUUCACGGCCUUGGUCAGUAUGCUUAAUGCAAUAAUCCCAGGACCUGUUGAUGAUUUUGAAGGCACUUCAGAAAUAUUGAUUCUGGUUCGUAAAUGGCUCAAAGAGGGUUGCUUGCAAAGAAAUAAAUUGGGUUCACAGUCUGUUGAUCUUGGGGAGAAAUUGGCAGAGUUGUUGCUUCGCAAAGGAAAGAUAAUAAAUGGUAUAUGUGUGGAAGAUGGUGAUGAGGAGUAG